AUGUUUAUUCUUACGAUUGUAACGGCUACUGUUGAAAUAGUUUACGGUAUUCGUGCGUAUUCAAAUUCAUUAAUAGCGGAUGGAUUAUAUUCAUUUGCUGAAGGUCUUUGUUUAAUUGGUGUUAUAUUAAUUCUUCAUUAUUCACAUAAGGUAGGACAUCGUCCAAAAAACAAUACAUUUGGUUAUGAACGAUUAGAAUUAUUAUUUGGUCUCAUACAAGAAGUAUUUCUUCUAUCAGUGUCAUUGGGUGUUAUAGUUGAUGCUGUCAAUCAUUUACUUAAUCCUAUGCAUGUGCAUGAUCCAAAAUUAAUGAUUGUUAUUGGUAUAGGUGGCAUGUUUGUUGGUAUACUUGGUAUGGCUAUGUUUUGGGGUUAUCAUCAUAAUCAUGAUAUAGAAGAAGAAAUAUAUGAGAAGAAAAAACGAGAUAUUUUAGCAUGGACAAAACAACGUAUGAAACCAAUGCGUACAUCAUCUAUCAAAACACAUGACAACACAGCUGUUGAAAUUCAAUUAAUGACUAAUGAGUCCAGAGCUGAAGCUAUCGAUCAAUCAGACAUAACUAGUAAUAUUGAAAUAACACCAGAAUAUGUUCAGCAGUAUCCAAUUACAGGAAAAGAAAUCAAUACUUGGUUAAAAUAUAUUGAUCCAUUAUUAACACUUAUUAUGGUUGUUAUUAUUGUUGUUCGUGCACUUCCUGUUAUAUUUUCAAUAAGUGAAAUAUUAAUUGAAAAUGUUCCAGGUGGUAUUGAUACAAAACAAUUAAUGAAUGAAAUUGUUGCAGCUACUCCAGCAAUUAAAAGUAUACAUAGUUUGCAUAUUUGGAGAGCAACAGCUAAAGAAAUUUAUGCAACAAUGCAUCUUGUGUGUGAUGAAGACGUCAUGUUAAGCACAUGUAUACAUAAAUAUGGUAAAGAUAUACAAAAUAUUUUAAAAAGUUAUUGUAUUCGGUAUUUCACAUUACAAUUUGAAUAUAUCAUACCGUAUUACAUUGAUGAAUUACCUGUGUACCAUUGUGUUCAUGGACUUCAUAGAAAACGUCGUGGUCAUACACUGGAAGAACCAUUGACAAAAUUAGCAAAAGAUGCGCUAAUUCAUAUUCGAUAG